GCGCCAUGCCAGUUACGCACUUAUGCAAUGAAAGGCACAUGAAAGGGCGGCUUUCGGAGUGAAGAAAAGCAGCGAUUUCCUUACGAAAACUCGAUAAGUUAAAAGAAGUAGGAAUUAUUUUUGAAAAGAUGAAGCUUUGGUCUUCGCAGCAUAUAUUUGGACACACUUGGGAUCGUGUGACACAAGCAAUAUGGAGGAAGUAUCCAAAUAAACUAAAUCCAAAUGUUGUUGCAGUAGAUGUAAUUGAUAGAAAGUUGGAAGAGGAUGGGACGCUGCACACUGUCAGAAUGCUUGGCACCAACUGGAACAUGCCAUCAUUUGUAACUGCAAUGCUUGGCAUGCCUGAUAUGUGUUAUGCUUUAGAGUAUUCAGUUGUAGAUCCAGUUUCAAAAACAAUGACCUUAAAGACUGUUAAUUAUACAUUCAGCAGCGUAACAGAAGUUAUAGAAGCAAUCAAAUAUUGUCAAAACCCUGAAGAUAUCAGCAACACGCUGAUGACACAUGAUGCUAUAAUAAAAGUCAGCGGUGUUCGAUUCAAGGAUUAUUGUGAAGGACUUAUAGCAAAUACAUUUGAUACAAAUGCUAAAAAGGGACGACAAGCAGUUGAGCAAGUAAUAGCAAAAAUAAGUUUAGAAACUAUUGCCCAAUCAAUUAGUGAACAAAUGGACGAAUUAGCAAAAGAUUUUGAUAUAGCACUUACCAAGCUAGACAGUGAAUUUGGAGAAAUUACAGCUAAGCUGAAUACAGAAUUCUCACAGCUGAUCCAAAAACUGUCUUAUGAACUGGAUCACAUGACCAUCACUAUGAAGACAGAUGACAAUGAACAUUCAACCAAUUGUCUGCAUGUUCCUAGUUUAACAGAUGCAGUAAAACAAGCAGGUUUAAUGGAAACAUCAUCAAGUUGAUUUUAGCUUAUCGUUUAGAUAAUGGAAGAAUUUUUUAAAUCCGACAGUUGCCCAACAGAAUAUGGUCCCAGAAAGGAUAUUACUUUACUUAUGGGAAUGUUGAUCUUAGAGCUUUAUCUUAUCUACCUAUGCCAUUUUUCCAGUCAGAAAAAUGUCACAAACCACAAGAGAGCCAAACCCCCCCCAUCAAAUAUCUUAUAGCUUUUUGGUUGUAUUAUGAAAGUGAGGUGUGUUAAACAAUUUCUUUUAAAGUUGCAGCUUUACUUCAAAAGGUAGAGUGUCACAUGUGAAGUAAUCUUUUGCUAUGGGAUCAUAUUUUGAAAUGUGCUGAUACUUGAGGUGGCACAAAAAACUACAAGUAAAGUAUUUUGGUGCUAAUCAGAUUCUUUCCCCAAAAAAUUCACUUGUUUUUUGUGUCACAAAUUGUUAUACUGUUAAACACAUUCAAAUCUCUUAAACUUAUUUUUGCAUUUCAUUUUAUAUUUGUAUUUAAAUGAAUUGAAUUCAUGAAGUAUUAUAAUAAAAACAUUGUUUAAAAUUGAUAUUAAGUAAAUGUGA